AAACAAUCUAUUUUUGUGAGGAGGCCUGUCUCGAUCCUAAAAAUAAAAUAGCGCUUGACUGAAAGAAGAGCUAAAAAGUCUUUUCCUGGCCGGACGAUGUACCGUGGCAGAGCUGUACCAACCAUACAACCAAGUGCAAAACAUCUAAAAUGCUGCCAUGUAACAACAUAGUUAAACUGCACAUGUGGAGAUUUAAACCUUUAUGCACUAUUGAACAUAUAGCCAACAUAUGAAAUAUACAGUAUAAAAGAAACAAGGUAUUACGAACACCUUAAAUGGCAACAGUAUUUUCUCUACAAUUCCUGGCAGUCAAGUCUGCUGUUAAGAUUUUACUUGACCAUGAAGACCAACACAGCUUGGAAUUGCGGAAGAAUGCAAAACUCUUGAUAAAACAGCUCUCGACUCAAUGCUUCACUGCUGUUAGUGCUGAAAUCUUAGAGACUUUCGUCAACCAGCAUCCAAGACUUUUAACUGGAGAGAUGCUUGAGGUUCUGGCAUCACCACAGUUGAAAACAUUGUGCCUCAAUCAUUGCACCAAAAUUCUUUGUCAUCAUGGUCAAUUAAAAUAUGUAAAAAGUGUCAUGAAAAAAUGUAACAGACUGCAGCAUCUGCAGGUGAAUGGCUGCCAUCCACCAUCGGAAACAACAACUGAACUCUGUCAUAUGAUUGGUCAGUAUCUCAAUACUCUAACCUCUCUCUCGUUUGAAGGCUGUCGAACUCUCUCCAAUGAAAAUGUCCAGACCAUUCUGCUGAACUGCCAGAACCUAUCUCAAUUGAACCUGUCAAUGUGUCCUGGGAUAACUGACCAAGUGUUCAAUAUCCCACUUCCUUCUCAACAACUUAGGGCAUCAACAGGAAGCAAUGUUUCAUGUACAACCUCUCAUAAAGUAGGAAGUGCCUUGCCAGGCCAGCAUUUGUCAGCAGUCGACGUCUCCUCCAACCAGAAUCUAACAAGUACCUGUAUUCGCUAUCUGGUAACACUAUGUGGAGCAUCUUUACAAGUUCUUAACGUCUCUUGUACAGGGAUGGACUGUACAUUACUGUGGUACCUUUGUGGUUACAGUUGGUACGAUGCUGUGGAAUUGGCCUCCAACUUACAGAGUCAGAGUACAUCUGGCAAUGUGAUGUCACACCUAAUCAGGGAUUACCAUUUACUAAAAGCAGAACUCAACAGACAGAUGGAAUCUGCAAAUGAACACGAGGAACUACAAUUGGGGGACGAUGAGGCAGGAUCCCAAGAGGAUGAUAGAGCAGUGACUCAACAAGAUAAGGAUGAUGCAGCAGCACCCAAACCAACGGAAGAAAGUAGAAUGUUACCCCAACCGAAGGAGGAUGAUGAUGGAGCAGUAGUCAAACCAAAGGGUGAUGCGAGUGUGGAAUGCAGACCAACACAGAAUGAGGAAAUAGAUGACAAAAAUAUAUUGCAUAUAGAUGAUGUAGAUUUGAAUUUCAAAGAAUCUUCUUGCCCUUUGAAAGACGCAAAUGCUAUAUCAGAUUAUGCCAGUUCUCAAGAUAUUGUCAAUUCUACACAAUAUAGUGUUAACUUCCCACCAGUUAGUGCCAAUACCCCAACAGAUGGCAAUACUGCACCAGAUAAUGAUGAUGCUUCAUCAGAUAAUACAGAUUCUUCAUCAGAUAGUGUCAGUGAUCAAUCUGAUGAUAAUGGGCAGAAACCAAAAAUAUCAUUUUCCCUUUUAUCACACCAUGAUGAAAUCCUAGAUGGACUAGUGUCAGAGUUUGUUGAAAAUAUGUUGCAGCAAAUUAGACACUCAUGUCUUGAAUAUACUCAUAAAAUAUAUGAAGGUGAUAAUGAUGAUGAUAUAGUAACACACAAAAAACCUAAUGAACAAGAAUGUCAGGAAUUGUUCAAAGCUGCAAGUUACGAGGCUUCUUCUAAAAACCUCAAAGUCAUCCCAGACCAGUCAUCAGAUUCUGCAGUGGCAGCACCAACCACAUCCAAAGACAACCCUCGGCCAUGCCAAUGGACUAGAAACUUUAUUCCAAAUAUUAAAGAUUUAGACAUCUGCAAUAUUGAUUUUGAUGACAAUCUUGGAGAAAUAUGCCUUCAAGAAUUCUUGAAGAUCAACAAAGGUUUAGUGAAGUUGAAUUUAUCAUGGAGAGCAGUUAGUGAUGAUAUGUUGUCAAGUGUACAAGAUUCACUCACCAAUCUAAGAUGGCUAUCACUGAGUGAAUGCGAGAAGAUUACCAGUCAUGGACUUGCAAGUUUACUUGGUGUUUGCAAGAACUUAACACACCUGAGCAUGGAAGGAAUGUAUUUCAUUUCCGACAUAGCAUUAUAUCCAUUGUUUAAACAAGAUGGGCGAUGUGGCGUAUGCAGUUUAAAGUUGAGUGAGACGUACAUCACUGACAACAGUCUUAAUCGAAUUGCCAAAUAUCUUGGUCCAAAAUUGACAGUUCUGCAUUUGAAUUGGUGUGAAGAGAUCAGCGACGCCGGGCUUUCUGACAUCACUGCCAACUGCCCACAUUUGACAGACUUCGCUAUUCGACAAUGUACCACUUCAAAGUCUACACUUAUACAGCUAGCUGAAAAUUGCCCCAACUUGAAGUCACUAAAUGUUGCUGCUGUGGACUGCUUGGUGGAUGAUGUUAUGAUUACCAUGACAACAAGACUGAGUUUGUUAAAUACGAUUGAUGUUAGCUGGAAUUCUGAUCUGACAGAUGUUGCCAUAUGUUCCUUGUUCAUCAAUUGCCCGUUAUUGCACGAUGUUUGUCUUGAUGGUCUCAAACCAAUAACAUCAAAACCAUUCUUGCCCAUCAUAGCAGAGUUGUUCCGAUGGCGCCGUUGCCAGGCAUUGAUCAAGCUGAAAUUGAAGGAGCAAAAAUUAUUGAAAAAAAUUGGAGAGCCACAGUUGUCAAGUGAUGAGGAAUACGAGGACCUUUUUAUUCCAACACGUUCCACAACCUAUGCACUCCAUCUACGGUACCUUAGCUUACAGUAUUGUGACCUGGUAAAUGACCGUCAUUUGGCUGAGAUAGUUGCCAUCUGUAAGGGUACAUUGAGCAUCAAAGACUACUAUGGUGAACAAAUUGUGCCAAAGCUCUUGGACUACAGGUGAACUGAAGGUCAUUGGUUGAAAACAUCAUUAACACGGUCGCUGCCAGCAACGAGUAUACUCAUCCAACAGGGUGUUGCUGAGGGUGCUAGGGACGACUAUACUUGUCAAAACCGGGGGUAACAUUCUAGCGUUUAUUACUUUAGAACAACAGUUCUUUCAGAACUCUCUAUGUGUCACCGGCCGAUAGUUCAAGGAAAACACACCUAGACGAUAACAUUAAAAUAACGUGUGUGUGUGUUGUGUUAUGUUGCAGUACUAAGAUUACACGAGCAGUGGUGAACCGUCAAGGCAAGCAAGUUAUGCUCUGCAUACCAACUAAAACUGUAAAGAAAACAUUCUAAAACCCUAAUAAUUAAAGCAUGGACCUAUUUAAUAGGAUUUAUUUUAACUUUAAUAGUAUUAAAGUUAAAAUAAAUCUGCAUUGUAACUUGUUAAUGUCCUGGAAUAAGAGAAAAUCUUUUAAGAAGGAACUACUGUCCAAACCAUGCAGGUACAGGUACACAGAGAAACAUACUGUACCGUAUUUAUUCGAAGAACACAUCGGCAUGCUUAUUUUCACAGUAAAUGUGGAAAUAUAACACAUAAUUACCGUUAAAAUAUGCUAUUGCGUGAUCAUAAAGACUUAUUGAACCAACCAGAUUUUAACAAUCAUUUGGGGGGGUGGGGGGCGUUUAUUUGAAUGAAUGCAAUAUUUUAUAAAGCGUAUUUUUUGACUGUAGGCUAAUACACGGAUUUUCCCCACUAGCAGCCUGUAACAUACUCUACAUUUUACCUACGGUCCGCCACUGUGCACAAGCAAUGGCGGCUCUAAGAUAGAUUUUCUGGGGG